AUGUUAAUUUUUUUAAUUCGCCUUCAGUUGUUCGCUCUUUUCGUCCUUGCCUCUUUCUUCCUAUUCCCUCUAUCCACGCUCUCUUCCAUUUCCACCUCUCUACUCCCACUUUUCCCAGUUCUUUCUCAUACUCUCUUCUUCUCCAGGACAACUAUGCUCCCCUCUUUCUCUCUACACGCUCUUUCCUUACCUAUUUCUUUUCGCCGCCUGUUUCUCUUUCUUGCUUCUUCUCUCCACCCUCGUUCCCCGCCUAUUUCUCUUCCUCUCUGCACCCUCUUUCCCUGCUUAUUUCUCUUUUUCUCUACCUUCUCUAUCACAGCCUAUUUCUCUUUCUCUCUUCCACUCUGUACCAUCUUUUCUUGCCUAUUUCUUUCUCUUUUCUUAUGUACACCCUCUUUCCCCGCUUAUUUCUCUUUCUAUCCUGCUCCCCGCAUUCUCUUUCCCAGCUUAUUUAUCUUCCUCUCUAGACCCUCUUUCUCGCUUUCUCUCUACACCCUCUUUCCCCGUUUAUAUCGCUUUCUCUCUUCCUCUCUACAUCCUCUUUCCCCGCUUAUAUCAUUUUCCCCUCUACACCCUCUUUUCUCACCUAUUUCUCUUUCUCUUCAUCUCUACACCCUCUUUCCCCGCCUAUUUCUUUUUUUCUCUACUCCCUCUUUCUCUGUCUAUUUCUAUUUCUUUUCCUCUCUGCACCCUCUUUUCACGCUAUUUCUCUUUGUCUCUUUUUCUCUACACCCUCUUUCCUCGUCUAUUUCUCCUUCUCUCUUCUUCUCUACACCUUCUUUCCUCGUCUAUUUCUCCUUCUCUCUUUCUUUGUACUCAUGCCAUUUUUAUUUUCCUCUUUCAUUGUAUUAA